ACUUUCAAAAUGGAGAACGAAAAUCGUGAAAAUGUCCAAUAUUUAGAAGAAAAACUCAACCGUACAAUGUCUGAACUUCAGCAAAUAAAAGAAUUACUUUUGAAAAAGGGCAUAUCGUUGAACGAAUCAGACGAGCUAAAGUACGACCAGCUUCCAGAAUCUAAUGGCUUUCAUGAAGUUAUGAAAUCCAAGCUCACUCAUUCAGAUAUAUUACGUUAUAGCAGACAACUUAUUCUUCCUGAGAUUGGUGUUGAAGGACAGCUCAAACUGAGCAACAGUUCAGUGCUAAUUGUUGGUGCUGGUGGUCUUGGUUGUCCAGUGGCAGUUUACCUUGCUGCAGCUGGUGUAGGUCACAUAGGACUGGUUGAUUACGAUGACGUUGAAAUAAGUAAUUUGCAUCGUCAAGUUUUGCAUUCUGAACUCAAAGUUAACUGGAGUAAGGUUGACUCCGCACGACAAGCAUUGUCUCAAUUAAAUUCAUCUUUAAAAAUACAGACAUAUAAAAUUCAUUUAAACAGUAACAAUGCCAUGGACAUGAUCUCCAACUACAAUAUUAUUGUUGAUGCCACAGAUAAUGUUCCAACACGUUACCUACUAAAUGAUACAUGCAUCUUGUCUGGAAAACCGCUUGUUUCAGGUAGUGCUUUACGUUUUGAUGGACAGUUAACCAUAUAUGGUUACCAAAAUGGACCAUGCUACAGAUGUCUUUACCCCAACCCACCUCCACCUGCUGCAGUGGGAAAUUGUUCAGAUGUUGGAGUCUUGGGUGUAGUUCCAGGAAUUAUUGGUAACUUACAGGCUUUGGAAGUCAUAAAAAUGGCUGCAGGGCUUCCCGUAUCUUUCAAUCAAAAGCUGUUAUUGUUUGACGCGCUUGACGGUAAAUUUACAACAAUCAAGUUGAGAGGAAGGCAGAAAAAUUGUGUAAUUUGUGGGGAAAAACCGUCGAUUACAACGUUACAGGAUUACGAACAGUUUUGUGGACAAAAGGCGUCGGAUAAAGGAAAGAAUAUCAGGGUACUGGAUUGCUCGGAAAGGCUGUCGGUGCAGGAGUACAAAAAGUUGAUAGAUGAUAGCGUUGAUCAUUUACUAAUUGAUGUACGACCGACAAAUGAAUUGGAAAUUUGUCAACUUUCAACUUCACGUCAUUUUAUCAAUCUACCGAUUCGUGACAUUGAAGGCGUUGGGCUAAGGAAGAAAAUCACUGACGACAUUGUUUCACUAUUGACGCAAAUCAACUGCAAAAAUCGUCCAAUUCCAAUUGUUGCAGUGUGUCGUUAUGGAAAUGACUCACAGAGGGCUGUUGUCAUAUUGAAAAAAAUUUUACUCCACCUCGAAGUCACAGUUAAAGAUAUAUUUGGUGGACUGGAUAAAUGGAGUGAAGAAAUAGAUCCUUCUUUUCCUAGAGAGUACAAAAAGUUGAUAGAUGAUAGCGUUGAUCAUUUACUAAUUGAUGUACGACCAACAAAUGAAUUGGAAAUUUGUCAACUUUCAACUUCACGUCAUUUUAUCAAUCUACCGAUUCGUGACAUUGAAGGCGUUGGGCUAAGGAAGAAAAUCACUGACGACAUUGUUUCACUAUUGACGCAAAUCAACUGCAAAAAUCGUCCAAUUCCAAUUGUUGCAGUGUGUCGUUAUGGAAAUGACUCACAGAGGGCUGUUGUCAUACUGAAAAAAAUUUUACUCCACCUCGAAGUCACAGUUAAAGAUAUAUUUGGUGGACUGGAUAAAUGGAGUGAAGAAAUAGAUCCUUCUUUUCCUAGAUAUUGAUUCAUUUGAAGCAACUUGUUGAAACAUUUGUGUAAUAUUAAAAACAUUUGGAUUUAAUUUUGUUUUGUGAGAAACCAAAGAAUAGUUACGUCAUAAUGUAAUCACGUGUUCCGUAAUCUGUAACUUGAUAAUUUUCUGUUUUUGCUUGGUAUAUGGCGUUUUCUACAUGUGCCUGCACUAUGUGAAGUUAAUACUGUUGAAUAAACCUUCUCUCUAUUAA